CCAAGUUUUUACAACUAUUGCACUUUUAUUGAUAGUAUCUGCAAUAAUUAUUAGGCAAGACAAGCCAGCUAUAAUCUUUACUCCUACAACUAUUGAAAUUAUCGAAUAUCCAAGAAAUAAAAAUGAAACAAUAUUAACUCAAGAAGAAAGCGAAGCUGCCAAGAUCCACAUUUAUGGUAUUCUUCAACGUGAACUUUCAACAGCACAAAACUCAUAUUCUUCAAUUGAAGACAGAAAUAAGUUAAGAAAAGGAGCAAAGGAUUCAUUUGAUAAGGAAACUAUAGAAAACAUAAAAUUUGUUAAAAAAGCAAAAAACUAUAUGAAUUAUGAAGAUGAAGAGGAUGAGAAUGAUGAAGGAAGUAAAAAUUAUGAAAGUAAAAAUUAUGAAAGUGAAGAUAAUAAAAGUAAAGAUGAUGAAGAAAGUAAAUGUUAUAAAAAUAAAAAUAACGAAGAUGAAGAUAAAAAAAAUGAAUUUGAUGAAUUAGAGAAUUUAACUAGCAGAAGUGGUUUGAAUGAUUAUAAUAUCCCAAC